GUCAAAUUAUAAUUAACUGUCAAAAAUAAGUAAUGUACGUGUCGGGGUUUUAAUGUGCCGGUGAUUUUCGUUUUAUUAAUGUAAAUAAAAAUGUUCUCUAGAUUUGUAUUCUUGCUGGCCCUGGUAACAGUAUACUUCUCCACAACACAUGCUAGUAUUGGAGGUUACAUUUGCCCUUCUGACAAGAAGAAGUUGUUUGCCGUCUUAGUUAAAGCAUUAAUCAACGAAGAGGGCGAUUUUUCAACCCCUUACUAUGGCGUUAAAGGAUUUAAGUUACUCAAUGAACAAUUACCUACUGUACUUGUAAAAGAUAACUGUGCACAUAUAAAACAAUUUUAUAAACCAGAUAGUAGUCCUGAAGAAAAUUUCCAAGCUUUGACAGCAUGGAAUUUACUAGGUUGUACUGGAAAACUUCAAACAGACGCAACAGUCACUCAUUUACGUACCAUUCUGGAGAACACAAAAGCAUCAACGGCCGAAAUACGUUACGCUGCUGAAGCACUCAAACUUUUAAACAUCGCAAUUCCAAAUGGACAAAAAGUGGCCCAAAUUAUCCAAUCUAGACUUAAAGAAGAUGACAGCUUGCAAAGCUUAGGCCAUGCUUUACAUGCUGCUGCUCUUCUAGGAACUGCUGGUAACUUCAUUUUAGACCGCAUUGAAGAAGUUGUAGUGCAAGCAGAUGAAGUUGAUGGCAAACUUUUGCAAUGGGAGGGUGGAUUAACCACUACAUCACUUCUUAUAACAGGGUUACUGCGUAUACCUGGAGCUAGGCCUUUAACUGCUGAACAGGCAGAAAAACUAGCAGCAUAUUUACUGACUCGAAGAACUGUGCAGACAUCUAAGGGGGCACUUGCGUUGAUCGAGGCAGCUACAAGUUUGGCAGUCAGCGAUGUAACACCUGUUAGCAUUUCCAUAAUAGGUCCAGCUCAAGUUACAGUUGACAAACCUGACUUAAAAGUACAUAUCUCAGAUAUUCUGGGAAGACCGUUGAAAACUCCACCAUCGCCAGUAGUUGCGCAGUCUGCAACUAGAAUCACUGAUGACGUUGUUGUAUUGUCUAAACAACCAUUAAGCCCUGGAGCUAAUCCAGUUGAAUUUGUACUGCCUUUGCGACUAGAACCUGGACAGUACAGAAUUGCUUUAAGCGCUGGCACACAUUCCACGACUUUAACAGUAAGAGUUUUGGGGCCUGUGACAAUAGAAUGGGUUCAGAUUGGAUUAAGUGAUGCUGAUGGAAGCGCUGCUCCUAGACUUACCAAACUUCAGCAUCCAUCUAAAUUGCCAGCAGCUCUACAUGCUGAUUCUAGUCAACACUUGACUCUUAAACUUUCAAUUUCAAGAGUAAUUCAUCAAGCAUUUUUAAGACUUUAUUCAGGAAAGAAAGAAAUUAUCUUUGUUGCUGAACCAGAUAGUAGUAAGCUUUACAAAAUAGAUGUUAACUUAGCAUCAGAAUUAGCUCAUUCUGGAACAUUUGAAAUGGAGUUAAUUUUGGGAGACUCAGUUAUGAGCAACCCAUUGAGAUGGACACUUGGUACAUUAGAAGCAAAUUUAAAUAUUGCUGAACCUCAAAAGAAGUCUGUCAGAGGACCUAAGCCUGAAAUUAAGCAUCUUUUUAGACCUGCUGAAAAACGUCCACCAGAAGCUGUAUCAUUGCUCUUCACUGGUUUAACAGCCGCCCCACUUGUAUUGCUUUUAAUUUUAUGGUUAAAAAUAGGAAUCAACUUUGGAAAUUUCACAACGCUUUCAAUUCCAUUCCAUCUAGGUUUCGGAGGAAUUUUGUAUUUGUUUGCAUUGUUUUGGUGGAAGUUGGACAUGUUCACUACAUGUGCUUGGUUGAUACCAAUUGGGGGCUUCACUUUCCUAGCAGGUCAAAAGUUGUUGAGUCAGAUUGCAAAGCAAAAGAAACCAUGAGGCUGAACGUGUCAGGUGUCAAAAAGUUUUAAUAAUUUUGUUGUUUGUACAUUUUGUUUAAAUUUGCUGCAUUCAUUUUCAUUUCAAAUGCAUUAGAAUGUUCAUAACAUACGACAUGUUUGUAAAGACUUUUGUAAUAAAUAUUACAACUACA